CGCUCCGUUUCGGCCACUAGAGGUCGCCUGUCACGUUUUGGCGUCGCCGGCGUCGCUCGAGCUCGACGUCACUGUGCGGAAGCGUCAACAUGGAGGAGAGCAGAGGAGCUUCCACGAAUUCACUUCUGAAAGAUGAGUGCUACACCGACUUCCUGAACGAGGACUUUGACGUGAAGACGUACACGGCUCAGGCGAUCCACCAUGCUGUCAUCGCUGAGCAGCUGGCCAAGCUGGCGCAGGGCAUCAGUCAGCUGGACAAGGAGCUGCACAGCCAGGUGGUGGCCCGACAUGAGGACCUACUGGCUCAGGCAACUGGAAUCGAAUCUCUUGAAGGGGUUCUUCAGAUGAUGCAGACGAGGAUCAGUGCCCUGCAGGGAGCUGUUGACCGGAUAAGGACCAAGAUUGUCGACCCGUACAAUAAAAUUGUAGCCAGGACGACCCAGCUUGCCAGGUUACAGGUGGCCUGUGACCUGCUGCGGAGGAUCAUUCGUAUCCUGUACCUGAGCAAGAGGCUGCAGGGUCAGCUUCAGGGGGGCAGCAGGGAGAUCACCAAGGCCGCCCAGAGCCUCAACGAACUCGACUACUUAUCCCAAGGCGUUGACCUGAGCGGCAUUGAGGUGAUCGAGAACGACUUGUUGUUGAUCAGCAGAGCCAGACUGGAGGUUGAGAACCAGGCCAAGAGACUGCUGGAGCAGGGCAUGGAGAUCCAGAAUCCGACCCAGGUUGGUACGGCCCUGCAGGUCUUUUACAACCUGGGCAAUCUGAGGGAGACCAUCAGUGCCGUGGUGGGGGGCUACCACACCUCCAUACGGGACAACGUGACCAGCGCUCUGGACAUCAAGAGCCUGACACAGCCCGCCAACACCAGAGGUGCCCCAGGCAGAGCGGUGCUGCCAACUCCAGGAAACACUGCAGCUUUCCGUGCCGCUCUUUGGACCAACCUCGAAAAGCUGAUGGACCAGAUUUGUGCUGCUUGUAGACAGGUGCAGCAUCUCCAGAAGGUUCUGACAAAGAAGAGAGACCCUGUCACUCAUGUCUGCUUCAUCGAUGAGAUCAUCAAGGAUGGUCAGCAUGAUAUCCUUUACACCUUCUGGACGGACGUCACCAACACACUGUCUGAGGAAUUUCACAAAGCUACAGAAGCCUCCUCCUUCUUGAAGCAGGCUGUUGAAGGAGAAUAUCCUAAGCUGUUGCGUCUGUACAAUGAGCUUUGGCGCCGCCUGCAGCAGUAUAGCGCCAGCCUGCAGGGGGCGCUAACAAGCAGCGCAGGGAUGGACUCUUCUCUGGACGUCUCCACCACAGAGACAGACGGCCAGGACCUCUUCACGCACACCAAACAGGAUUACAACCCAGAGAAGGCCCUGAAGGACUCUCUGCAGCCGUACGAGGCAGCCUACCUCUCCAAAUCCCUGUCUCGCCUGUUUGAUCCCAUCAACCUUGUGUUUCCCAUGGGGGGCCGCAACCCCCCCUCCAACGACGAGCUGGACAGCAUCAUCAAGACCAUCAGCAGCGAGUUGAAUGUGGCGUCGGUGGAUCCCAACCUCACGCUGGCUGUGGCGAAGAACGCUGCCAAGACUGUCCAACUCUUCUGUGUCAAGUCUGAACAGCUGCUGUGUACUCAGGGCGAUGCCAGUCAGGUGAUUGGUCCGUUAACAGAGGGCCAAAGGAGGAACGUCGCUGUGGUCAACUCGCUCUUCCGCCUGCAGCAAGCCGUCUCCAAGGUUAUCUCAGGGUUGGGGUCGUGUCCACCGGCUGCUGAACAGGCUCUCUCUUCCUCUCUGGAGGGCGUUCAGGCUCUGAUGAGCAGCGCCGUGCAGCCGCUCCUGCAGUCGGUCGGCGACUCCAUUGAGGCCAUCAUCAUCACGUUACACCAGGAAGACUUUUCGGGGCCUCUGUCCAGCCCCGACAAGCCCGACGUCCCCUGCUCCCUCUACAUGAAGGAGCUGCAGGGCUUCAUCUCCAGGGUGAUGGCCGACUACUUCCGCCACUUCCAGUGCGUGGACUUCAUCUACGAGAGCACCGAGUCCAUCGCGCAGAGAGCCAUCGAGCUGUUCAUACGCAACGCCAGCCUGCUGCGGCCGCUGGGCGAGGGCGGCAAGAUGAGGCUGGCCGCCGACUUCGCACAGAUGGAGAUGGCAGUGGCUCCUCUGUGCAGGAGAGUGUCUGAUUUGGGAAAGCCGUACCGAAUGCUGCGCUCCUUCAGGCCGCUGCUGUUUCAGACCAGCGAGCUGAUAGUCAGCAGUUCGGCUGUGGGCGACCUGAUCCCCUACAGCACUCUGCUGCACUUCCUCUUCACCAGAGCUCCCUCCGAGCUCAAGUCACCCCAUCAGAGAGCAGAGUGGUCCAUCGCCCGGUUCUCCCAGUGGCUGGACGACCAUCCCUCCGAAAGAGACCGGCUCACCCUCAUCAGGGGCGCUCUGGAGGCCUACGUCCAGUCGGUGAGGGCUCGGCAGGGAAAGGAGUUUGCCCCUAUCUAUCCCAUCAUGCUCCAGCUGUUACAGAGAGCCACCAGCAGCGCCCAGGAGGCCAGAGCCUGAAGACGCCAGGGAACGAGUGCAACUUGUGUUUUAACGCCCCAGCUGAGCUGUGUGGCUGCACAUUCACCUUGUUGUAGGCUGACCGGCGCUUCCAACAACUCAUCUGGGUGUCGUGGUGACUUUAUUCCCUUGUUUUAGCUGAUGAGCGCCACAGCUUUCUGUCAUAAGCUACAGUUUAUGAGAAAACAUGUCCAUAUUGAUGUUGGGGAAGAGGGCAUCUUUAGGGAGAGGGCGUCAAACUCUGAUUAAACAUAUCCACACUACAAAAAGCCUCCUUUGUGUCCCAGCUAAAACUCUUAUCUAAAUGUCCCUUUUUUGACCAAGGCAGCAAUUUACCUUUGUUCAUGACUGUAAAAGGAAAGGGUCACUAAAUACCAUUCAUGAUCACUGCUUACAUUCCCAUUUAUAUGAGAAUGACCCCACAAAAGGAGGCUUUAUGAUUCCGUGAUGAACCGAGGCUUUUGGUGCGAGUUCGGUCCCACUUCCCCUCCAUCAGUGUGCAGACGUGCCUCGUUCUUGCGGUUGUUAGUAUGAACCGUUGUACACAUCAGUGUGUAAGGUGACAGGGGAAGUAGAGAGGCUUUUAAACAGCUGAGAGUGGUGGUGGUGGUUACCUUGUGGCUCCAUCUACUGUUAUUUUUAUGUGAUUGUAAAUUGUGGGUUUGAUUGAAUAUGGCUCAGUCAAGCCCACAAUGCUGAACAUUGUUGUAGGGACUGGGAUGUAAUUUAAUAAAGAUCUUCACCCCUCUUA